UUUUAUUUCGCAAACAUGAUUAAACGUACAAUCAUCGGAAUCUUCGUUUUAAGGAUCAUAUUUUUGGGGCUUCACUUGGACUGUUGUUGGGGACAAGUUCUUUACAAAUCCGACCAUUGCUGCUAUGAAUGUUAUCAGAAAAACACUGCAGGUACAUCAUCUGUUGCUGACGGUCAUCAAGGAGAAACUUCAAGUAAGAUUGCAUUUAGUGCAAAUUUUUAUGCAUCUUCACAACACCUAAACAAUACCAAUCAGAUCGUGGUUUUCAAAGAUGUCCUUGUCAACCAUGGCUCUGGAUACAAUGCCAAAUCUGGAAUAUUCACAACACCAGAAGCUGGAACAUAUGCAUUCUUCUUCUCUGUCCAAGUUCCAAAGAACGUGCGUUUGUCCACCUUGCUGGUGUUCAAUGGGAAACCAGUUAGCGAGAGCUUGGCAGGCAGAAUACCAGUCAUCAAUACUGGAGGCAAUAUGGCUGUCCUUCCGUUACAGAAAGGAGAUAAAGUUUGGGUACAGACUCACUUUAAAUUGGACUGGAUUAAUUGGUCUGGUGAAGUCAUACUGAUGUAUUCGGGAAACAGUUUUUCUGGUUUUCUACUAUUCUAAGCAUAGACUAGUCAAAAAAUUCCAUUUCGUUAUUCUAAAUUGCAUAAUUUUAAGCCAAAUAGCUCUAAAGAUCAUGUUUAUGAUAGAUCAAGAAAAACGCUACGACAACGCAUGUUUAAGAACUCACAUGUCAUCACUUAUUCUGCUUUCUUUAUUUUGUAACUUGUAAAUACAAAUCUUUUCUUUGUGCAUUUAAAAGACUAUAUAAAGAAUUAAUAAUGUUUUGAACAAACCUCACAAAUGCGCAUAGUAUUACCAGAAUAGGUAGCUGUACAGAAUAUAAGAAAAUAUAUCAAUUAUAGUUUAUCAUAAAGUAUAUCACGAAGGCGCAAACGGAUAUCUACGCUAAUAAACUUAUUAGGACUAGGU